AUGCAGAAGCUCGUCGUCUUCUUCACCACCAUCGCCGCCGCCCAGGCCUUCCUUCUCCCGUCCGGAGGAGGCGGAGGAUGUGGAUGCGCGUAAGUUUCUCUUCUUGACUUCAACCCUUUACUCCUUCUGCGCUCAUCAUCCGAUGAUCCAUAUUUUCAGCCCACCACCACCACCACCACCGCCAUGCGGAUGCGGAGGUGGCGCCGGACUCGCUCUUCCACAACUCCCACCACUCCAGCUCCCACAAUUCUCGCUGCCAUCCCUCGGAGGAGGAGGCUGCGGAGGACCAGCGCCAUGCGGAGGAGCCGCUCCACCACCACCACCGGCCGGAUACGCCACCGCCCCAGCCGCCCCAGUCGGAGGAUACGCCACUGGACCAAUCGCCGGAGGAUCCUAUGCUGCCCCAGCUAUCGGAGGAGGAGCCGGAGCCUACCAGGCCGGACCAGCUCCAAUCAUCGGAGGAGCAUCCUACUCUGCCGGACCAGCGCCAGCUAUCGGAGGAGCUUCCUACUCUGCCGGACCAGCUCCAGCUAUCGGAGGAGCUUCCUACUCUGCCGGACCAGCUCCAGCUAUCGGUGGAGCCGCCUACUCUGCCGGACCAGCCGCUGUUGAGGCGGGACCAGCCGGAGGAGCCUACACCGGACCAGUCGGAGGAGCUGCGCCAGCCGGAGGAUACGCUCAGGGACACUAG